CUAAAACCUCAACUCCUUUUCUUGGACGCUCAGUAGAGUAAACGCUCACUACUUCUGCUUCUACUACAGUCUCUCCCUUCCUCGCCUCUCUCUGUGUACAGACCAAUUGUAUGAGCAGAGGAGGUUCAUUUCAUAUGUUCAGUACUGAUUAACGUAAAUUCAGUUUCUAAAAUCCGUACUGUCCGUGAUAUAAACAAAGGGGAAAGAAGAAAAAGACUAGAUUGUGUAGUGAUAUAUGAUGGAUGAGUAUCUCGAUCAAUAUCUCUCUUCUUCGUCAUGGUCAGAUGUUAAUGCAAAGGAAAGAUCAACUUUGGACUAUUGUGAACGACAAAAUGGACUGCUUCCAAUUUCAGUUGAACUAUAUGAAGAUGAUGAGAAAAAUUCACCUGCAAGUAUUAUAAGUACAAACCACACAAUCGAGAGUUUAGCUGAUCAGGAUUUGUCGUCAAUUGUUCUUGGUGAAGAGUCAGAUUACAGUGUUGACAAGAAUCUACUUUCUGAAAAUGCUCAAGCGCAAAAAGAUUAUGAAAACUGCAAUGGCAACCUCUCAAGUAAGAUGAAUGGAAGCUUAAAACUUGGAAAUGUAGGCCUGCGAUAUGAUACAGCUAUUCCUGGCCUUGGUUCAGUAAAUCCCAGUUAUCCAAAUAAGCUUCCAGUGGUCAGUCAUAUAAGUUCAUCUGAUCUUUCUUUUACUGAGUUAGGACACCUUGGAGGAAAUGGCAGUGAAUUGUCUGAUAUUCAGAGAUCUGUCAGAGAUUUACAAACUCUUUCUCCAAUUCCAGGAUUUUGGUUUCCAUCAUCUUAUAAGGAGGUUUCUUCCUUGUCUCAUGUAAUGGGACAAGAUAGAAUACAGUGCUUUGGUCUGCAAGCAGCAAAUAUCAACAAUGAUACAGAUACUACCAGGACCAGAUACGUGGGGAUGGAGAAAAUCCUGCAGUUUGAUAGCUUGCCUGCUUCAGUCACCCCCAAGGGGAAACAAGAAUUGCAAAAUCAUCCAUUAUCGUCCUUUGCUGCUGUACCCCAAACAAUGAUGCCAUCUCCACUGCAGACAGUAUCAGCUACUCCAACUGGCAGCUUUUAUGGAACUGGAAAGCCUCGCGCAAGGGCACGUCGAGGCCAGGCCACUGACCCACACAGCAUUGCUGAAAGGCUUAGGAGAGAGAAAAUUGCUGAAAGGAUGAAGAAUUUGCAAGAGCUUGUACCUAAUUCCAAUAAGACGGACAAGGCAUCGAUGCUUGAUGAGAUCAUAGAUUAUGUAAAAUUUCUUCAACUCCAAGUCAAGGUACUCAGCGUGAGCAGAUUGGGGGCUGCAGGGGCAGUUCUUCCUCUCAUCACAGAUGGCCAAGCUGAGGGCUCCACUGGUUUGUCACUAUCACCAACAGCUGGUAAAGGAGUUGAUAUUUCUCUGAAUCCUGAUCAAGUUGCCUUUGAAGAAGAGGUAGUGAAGCUAAUGGAAACAAAUGUGACAAUGGCAAUGCAAUAUCUUCAGACUAAAGGCCUCUGCCUCAUGCCUAUUGCUUUGGCUACUGCCAUAUCCAGUGGGAAGGCAUCUUCAUCAUCUAUAUCUGUUUCCGAUGAGUGGAAGAAAAUCGGGUUCAGUAACGGUGUUGCUCAAAAUAAUAGCAGCGGCAGCAGCAGCAGCAGCAGCAGUAACAACAGUUUGGCAAGCGAUAGCAAUAUUGUAACAGGGAAGCCCGUCAGAGAAGCAGUCAUGAUAAAUGGUUGCAAUGGAGCUGUUAAGCAAAUGAGGAACACCUUCUGCACUGCCGCAGAGCUAAAACCCAAAACCUGAACGAUCUCUACAUGUGAAGACAUUUUUCCCUUAAUUUUCAGCUGACUUAGGGCUACUAGUUGCUGGAGGCAUUUCACUUAUUUCCUUUUGCUUUUCGUUAUAGUUUUCCUGUUUAAAAUGCAGUAUAGAGACUAGGAAAUAUCUUUCAACGGUGUAUAUUGAUACUUGUGAAAAUGCAUUUCAUAUUCUGCAAACAGAAAGGUUUACAUAAUCUAAUUUACUCUGGAUAUUAAUAUAUGAGCUUCGA